AGUAAAUCCAAUAAACUGUCAGUCGAAUCAGAAAUGAACAUUCAAAAGAAAAAGAAAUGACGCCGCCUAAAUAAUGGUACUUACCACCAGGAAGAAGUAUACACUGAUAAGGAUCGCGCUGCCGCGGUAAAUAUGGGAACCAAAGAUAUUAAACAAUCGUUAAAAAUAAAGCAGAAACAGGAUCGUAAUUUACAAUUGCCAGAAGACACUGGGCCCAGAACUAUGUUGGCUUUAGGAUUACGUGAAAUGCGAAUUGGUGAUGUUAAAGUCGCAAUGAAUUGUAUCAACAAGGCAUUAGAUCUUGAGCCAAAUGAUAACAAUGCAUUAAUAGCACGAAGUAAAUGUCAUCUUUUAUUAGGAGAGCCCCAAAAAGCACUACAAGAUGCUGAGAACGCAUUACAAUAUAAAAUGAAAAAUGUCAGCAUGGCUAACGCAAUAUAUUGCAAAGCAGAAGCUUUAUACUGCAUUGGUGAUUUUGAAAUGAGUCUUGUAUAUUAUUACCGUGGCAUGGGAAUACGUCCAGAAUACGGACAUUUCCGCCUCGGUGUUCAAAAAGCGAAAAAUGCGAUACAAAAUAUACUACGUAAAAAUUGAAUGUUUCUAUCAUAAAAACGUUAGAUAGUCUCUUUAAUUGCAUAUACACACAUACAUAUAAUAAAACACAACAAAAUAUUACGGCGAGAGGACUAUUUAUUAUAUUCCCUUUCUCUGUUUGAAUGCUAAUAUAAAAGCAUAUUGAAAUUUAUUCGUAAAAACGGA